GGCCAUUUUGGAUCGAAAACGAGGCUCUUAACGCAAACAGAAAAAUAUGGCGUCGUAUCACUGCUGCGUUCCAAAGUGUACAAAUGACUCAAGAUAUAAUAAAAGUCUUUCAUUUCAUAGCUUUCCUAGUGAUAUAAGUAGAAAGAAGUUAUGGUUGGUGAAAAUCCGACGUGAUGAGGGAGCAUUUUUCCAGGUAAAACCACACACCAAGGUUUGCUCAGCUCAUUUUACGGACACUGAUUUCGUCAGAACAUUGACAGGAAUCAGAUGCCUCAGCAAGACAGCAUUUCCGUCGGUAUUUGAUUGGAGUUUUGAGACACCUUCACGGAAGCCCCCAACUCCACGCUUAAAUCCACCAAAGAGAAAGAGACUGACUCUAGGAGAUGAUGAAGAGUGCAACACUGAUGAAUCUCAACCCCAAGUAAUGACUCCGCAGCCAGUAUUUCAUGACUACCUAGGACCUGAAAGGGAAAUGUCACCUGAAGAGAAAUUAAAAGCUGCCUCAGAACACAUUGAUCAGCUAGAACAUCUGGUUGAAACGUUAACUAUUGGCAGGUUUGGUCUGCAACGUUUUGCAACUGACCCAAAGUCUCUACAGUUUUACACAGGCUUCAGCUCAUACACACUCCUUCUUAAUGUGUACAACUUGCUUCGGCCAACAGCAGAGAAAAUGACUAGAUGGUCUCAGAUUCAGAGGAAACGAAUGGGAUAUUCCCAAGAAAUAAACACUGACAUAUCUUUCCGGUCAGAAAGCACACCACUUAUUGACCAAUUCUUCAUGUUUCUGGUUAAAAUAAGACUAGGACUUUUUCAACAGGACAUAGCUUGUCGAUUUAAUGUGUCACAAUCAACUGUAAGCCGAAUAAUCAUUACUUGGACAAAUUUUAUGUAUUUUCAGCUAGGUUCAAUUCCCAUAUGGCCAUCUCGUGAAAAAGUUAAUAAGUUUAUGCCAGAUUGUUUUAAGGAACUUUACCCCUCAACUCGUGUCAUUUUAGAUUGUACAGAAGUUAAAAUACAAACACCAUCUGCAUUGAGCUUGAAUUCGGAGUUUUAUUCGCAUUACAAGGGGACAACAACAUUAAAGGGUCUCAUAGGCAUUUCACCAUCCGGUUGUGUUACCUUUGUGUCUUCCUUAUUUGCUGGCUCAAUAUCAGACCAAAAUAUAACAAGGCAAUCUGGAAUCCUUCCGCUAAUUGAACCUGGUGACAGUGUGAUGGCAGAUAAGGGUUUUCUAAUUGAGCAAAUGUUAGCAGAAAGACAGGCCAGACUUAAUAUUCCUCCAUUUUUAACUAAAAGGGACCAGUUCACUAAAGAGGAAGUUGAAGAGACUCAGGAAAUUGCCAGACUUCGGAUCCAUGUGGAACGCGCCAUUCGACGUAUAAAAGAAUACCACAUUUUUGACUCUGUUCUUCCUGUUGCUAUUGCUGGAUCAGCAUUACAACUGUGGACUGUAUGUUGUUUAUUAACACUGUUCAAAGGACCAUUAUUUUAAAACAAAAAGUACAAUUGAUACUCUUAAGACUUUUAUUAACUUGGUGCAUAUAAUUCUGCCAUUAUCAUAUAGACACCAACAUUAUCAUCAGUAAAAAUAAAAUGAAUAGGUUUCAAUACAUAUUUUCAUGUUAACAAGAGCCAUCAAGUCAUUGAAGUGGAAGUGUUUAAGUUCAUAAAAAGUGUUCUUUUAAAAUUGAAAAAAUGGUUUAAAAUUAUGUGGAGAAUGAGAUGAACAUGUUAAUUCCAUUAAAAUAUAAAAAA